GAAGAAGGAAACAAAAGAACAGCCGCCGAUGCAGAUGGAGAUGCCAGCGUCAGAUCCUGUCAAGAAUCUAGAUUUACCGCCGGGAUUCCGGUUUUACCCGACAGAUGAGGAGCUUUUGGUUCAUUAUUUAUGCCGGAAAGCCGCCGGCAAUGAUUUAGCUCUGCAACUUAUCGGCGAAAUCGAUCUUUAUAAGUUCGAUCCAUGGCUUCUUCCAAGCAAAGCUACCUUUGGAGAGAAAGAGUGGUAUUUCUUUAGUCCCAGAGAUCGGAAAUACCCCAACGGUUCUCGGCCGAACAGAGUUGCAGGUUCUGGUUAUUGGAAGGCUACUGGAACCGAUAAAAUUAUUACGACGAAUGGCCGGAAAGUUGGAAUAAAGAAAGCUUUGGUUUUCUAUAUUGGAAAGGCUCCUAAAGGAACCAAGACGAACUGGAUUAUGCAUGAGUAUCGGCUUUCAGAACCAACAAGGAAGAACGGUAGCACUCGAUUGGAUGAUUGGGUUCUGUGCCGGAUAUAUAAGAAAAACUCCAGUACCCAAAAGUCGGUGUCAGGUCUUUGGAAGAAAGAAGAACAGAGCCAUGCUUCGACAUCUUCUUCAUCUUCUCAAUUUGAUGAUGUUCUUCAAUCUCUCCCUGAAAUCGAUGAUCACUUCUUUGAUCUUCCAAGGAUUAGUUCUUUUAAGAAUCUUCAAUUUCAAGAUGAGAAACUCAACAUCCAAAAUCAAAAUCAAAACCCUUGGAAUAAUGGGAAAUUCGAAUGGAACAAUACAGGGGUUGUUAGCUCUUCGCUUCCAACGAAUGAGUUAUACUUUCCAUCUCUUCCUCAGCUUUGUCAAGUGGAGUCUCCAUCGGACAAGCACGAAAGUUCAAUCGAAGAAGAAGUGGAGAGCGGAAUUAGAUCACAGCAACAAGGAAUCGAUAAUUCAAGCUUCUUUCAGCAAAAUUCAAACAUGUUCGCUCAUCCAUUCACCGAUCCACUAGAUCCAUAUGGAUUCAAGUAUUCACUUCAGUCGGCAUCAGGAGACUAUCUAUAUCGGCAAUGAAAUCAAGCAAAACAAAUUCCAGAAAACAAGAAUUCAGAUUUCUAUUGAGAGAAUAGGAAGG